CUCCAGCCUCAGCCAACGAUCGAUACCCUCUCGAACCGCUCUUCUUCACGCCUUCCUUUCAAUUUCAAUAACCAGUCUCUGCAAAAAUGGGCGGCGGCGGCGGAAAAGUUCCCGGCGUUUACAUGGGCUGGUGGGGCAGCAUUGGCUCCCAGCCCCAGAAGGGUGUUAUCAGCUACUCCAUGUCUGCCAACCGUCAGCGUCCCUUGGCUGGCACUCUCCACGCUGCCUUCUUCAACACCUUCCGUAGAGUCCGCGGCCAGAUUCUCUACGUUGCCCCCCCUCUAGUCGCCGCUUACUACGGCAUGAGCUGGGCUAUUGAGAGAAACCACUAUCUCAACUCCAAGCCUGGCCGUGCUGAGGCCAGUGAUGAGGAGUAAAUGCUCUGAAAGAAGUGCCUUAGGAUUAUAAGACUGUUUUUCGGGAUUGGCUGAGUGCAAUAGACGGGGCUAUCACUGACUGCGCGACCGAUUGGUCAUGUAAAUUACUGGUUGCGAGCAUAAGGUCAACAUUUUGUGCAUCAUCAUAAUCAUCCCAACCC